AAUUCUAAGGUCUUCCUAAUUUGAAAUAUUAUUAUUCAGUAAAUAUUGUGUUCAGUUAUAUUAUAUUAACGCGUGUAAAAUUACAAUAAGAGUAGUUUACUCAGUCAGUGGUUUAUCAUCGUAGAAGUAUUGAAAUCUGUCAUUGUGUAUCAAGUUCAAGGUUAACUAGGCCGAGUUCAUCAACAGCACAUAAAGGAUGGUGUAUCAAAGUAAUGCAUUGAGACAUUGCAGCCUGUAUGAUAGAGUGGAGAAGUUGCUUCUCUCAUAUGAAUGGAGCGACUGCAAAUUCACUGUGGCGGGAAGGCACUUCAAAGCACAUAAAUUGAUUUUAGGCAUCAGUAGUCCUGUGUUUGAAGCAAUGUUCUAUGGUCCCCUUUCCACUAAUGAAGAAAUAGCUAUUACUGAUAUUGAACCAGAUAUUUUCCAACUUCUCCUGAAUUAUGUUUAUACGGAUAAAGUUGAAAUACCGUCUAUUGAACAAGCGUUUGAACUGCUGUAUGCCUCCAGGAAAUAUUUAUUGGAACACUUGUCAGAUCUAUGUAUUGCCUACAUACUAGCUAAUAUCAGUACUGACAAUGUUAUCAGAGUCCUGAAUUAUCCUGAUUAUAUGCAAGACCAGCAGCUGGUGUCAUUUGCCCUAAAGCUAUUUUGUGAACACGCCAAUUACCUAUUGCAAGAGCAUAAAAACAUGAUCUCAUGUUCAUGUAUGAAAACUAUUUUAGGAAGCCAUCAAAUGAAUAUAUCAGAAAAGUCACUGAUUAUACAUGUUUUUCAAUGGACACUACAUUACUGCAAACAGAAUAAUUUACCUGAGGAUAUGGAAACUAGACAUGAUAUUUUUAUUGAAAAUGACUUCUUAAAGUUACUUAGAUUUUCUGCUCUUACAGUUAGUGAAUUUGAGGAAAUUAUUGAAAAUAAGGACAAUAUUCUAGUACCAGAAGAAUCCAAAGACAUAGGUUCCAUUAUUAAGAAGAAUAAAAGUGAUGAUGAACAUUUGUUGAAUGUUAGCAGCCUAUGUUCAAUACCACGCAGCCCGAUAAAGCUGCAAUGGGACCUCUGCCACCGCCGGCCGCUGCGGUCAGCUGCUCCCAUUGUCAUAGAUUCAAAUAACUGUAUCAUUAAUUGCAGGGUUAAAGUUAACAAGUCAGUUUUCAUCAACUCUCUAUGUAUACCUACGAGAAUGGCCCCAAUACUAAACUUCCGGAAUAACAUAGGCAAUUCAUAUUCUGAACAGUUCUUUGUUACUAUUGAAUGCGAAUCAGAUAAAAGUAUUACUAAAUUAACUAACUUCAUGAACACAGUUGACUAUGACUCUUCAGUUCAAAUCGAGUUGUCUGAGCCAUACUUUAUUAAAAAAGAUAAAUGGUAUAAAAUAACUUUCCAGUGGUCGCAAACAUUCGACCCGAUUACGUAUGUUGUCGCAUACCGUGAUCGAGUUUUUAGUGAUCAUAAAGUUAGUUUUGAGUUUGAUGACAUGCCUUCCAGUGCCAGAGUCAGUGGAAGUUUCCUUGGAGGGUUAAAGUAUUGUUUGUAAUUUAUAUUUAUUAACACAAAAGCAUUGUACUUAUUGUGAUUGAAAAUCUCAGUAUUAAUUUUUCAACAGCUUAAUUUCGUUGUGUAAAUAAAUUAAUUGAUAAUAAUUACAGUAAUCUCUAUUUAUAACUUGGAUCUGAAUCAUGGAUUUAUUAGUUUAUCACGAACAUGCAAACAGGUGUUCAGAUAACACAUACAACACAAUUACAAUAGUUAUCUGACCACCUGUUUGCAUGUUCGUGAUAAACUAAAAAAUCUAGGCCGAUUUUGAUGUGUUUUUCUCUGUGUAACUAUUCUUGGGGGUGGUUUUAGUGUAUAAUGUGUGUUGUAUGUUGAUACCUCUAUUACGGGAAUGGUGAACACUUUAUUCUUCAGUCUUCAGACGUUUAAAACUCAAUCAACAGAGGCCCUACCGCGAAAACUGAAAUUCGAAAUUUUUUGAUCUGCUUCUCUAUCGCUGGAGGCUGGAAUGUGCAAGACCGAUAGAGAGGCAAUAACGUUUUUCAAUUUUUCGAUAUUGGUGGUAGGCCCUCAGUUCAUAAAGUCGUACUUAUCUCGUAAACUAUUGUCCUAUUAAUCUAAGUAGGUAAGUAAUAAUGAUUUGGCUUGAAACUACCUACCGAACAGUUGCGCCAUCCUAUGCUAUAGUCCCAGUCAUACCUCUCAGCACAUUCUGUACUGUUAUGCAAAAUUGUACAUUUAUAACAAUCAAAUCGUAGUACUUAAAUAGGUACAUGUAUAUUCAGAUAAAACUACUUGUUAUUAGCACCUCUGAUUACUGGCACAUUGACCUUUAUUUUUAAGUACCAACUAUCCUAAACAGGUUGUUUUUAGAGUUCCGUACCCAAAGGAUAAAAACGGGACCCAAUUACUAAGACUCCGCUGUCCGUCUGUCUGUCACCAGGCUGUAUCUCAUAAACCGUGAUAGCUAGACAGUUGAAAUUUUCACAGAUUAUGUAUUUCUGUUGCCGCUAAACAAAUACUAAAAAGUACGGAACCCUUGGUGGGCUAGUCCGACUGGCACUUGUUUACUUUUGAGGUACUACGAAACCCGUAUAGGUACUUGGAGGUAGCAAAUACUUUUGGCACGUUGUUUUAUCCGUUACUAUCGAUGCUGACUGUACUACGGUUAUACGACUUGUUCAGUCAGCAAAACUGUUUGCUUAAGCACUCCUGCGUACAAAUACAAAUGCAGGGAUGCCAAUACAUAAUAGCUUUGCUGACUGUACUCAGCUGCAUUCAGCUAAUACAAUAAUAUGAAACUAUUAAAAGGAAUAUAUCUAUAUAUGUAUUAUUUUUACACAAGUACGCUUAUGUUUCUAUAGACAUGCAUGACAUUAAAUAAAGAGAUGUAACAAGAAUAUAAGUAUGUGCAAAAAUUACGAAUUUAAUUUCCACCUUCAGACGAACCAGUAUAAGCCAGUGUAAUCUCUGAAAUGCAUAAUUGUUACGUGAGUUACGUGACCCUGAGACAAGUUAUACAACGUUCCGAGACUUCCGAGUCAGGAAUAGAAGAUGACUACUCAUUUCGAAUACGAGGAAAAAAGUGAAAUGCAUGUGUUUUUUUAAAAAUUAUAGUAUUUUUUGAGGGUAGGUCAAUUCAAUUAACAAUUUAGGCUAAAGUCUCGUUACCUAUUUAUGGAAAUUGUAUAACAAAUCCUUAUAAACCCAAAUUUCAAUUGCUUAUCGGAUAAAAAAAAAGGCUUGGAACGUAAAAUGCUCUAGUGUAUACGUAUCAUUUUCUGUACACCUUUUAGAACAACAAUGACC